AUGAUGAAGAAACGAUUAAAUAAUAGAUAUACUGGAAUUUACCGCACAAAUGAUGAAAUAGAUAAUUUCAAGAUAAGAAUUAAUUUGAAGAAACUUUACUCCAUUAUACAAAUUCCAAAAUUUGAAAAGAUACUAUCGAUUCCUUCAGUAUCAGUAGAUCAACAGUCUACAGAUUUUGCCGAAACCAUUGAACUGGAUUGGCAGCAAAAAAUUUUCAGUAAAACAGAAGUGAAAUAUUAUGAACAAAAAGAAAAUUGUAAAUCUGAAUUAGAGAAACGAUAUCAUGCAUUAAUAAGAGAAAAUCCAAAUGUCAACGAAAAACAAUUAAUAUUUACGUAUAUUAAUGACGAUGCUUAUUUGCCAAGAGAGUAUUUAGAACUACAGAGUUUUAGGAAAAGUAAAAAAAAUACAGCAGAAAUUACAGAUGAGAUUAAAAGCUGUGAAAAAUCUUCUAGUUUAUUUAUUGAUUCCAAAUUGAACAAUGGUAAUAUUGCUAAUUAUGAAAAGGAUUUUUUAAAAAUGCACAUUAUGGCAGAUCUCGAACCGGCAGUUUUACUUUUUACAGUUCAAUAUCGAAAAUCAGAUGGAUUGCUCAUAGUUUAUCCAGAUUUUAAUGAUAAUGAGAAUUGUUACUAUCUGGAAAUAGAUCAAAAUAGCAAACAAAUGUACACAUACUACAUAGAAAAUAUAUCUAAAGUAAGCAAUAAAGCAACAAAAAAAUUAAAACAAAAGCAAAAAUUAGAUGAGAUUGUAAAAGAAACAGGAGACAUAAUGAAGAAAAUGAUAGAUAUUAAAAAAAAUCAGGAAUCUUUUAAUUUUCCUAAACAUCGUAUUUUGCUUCUUUUAGAAAUAGUAAGUGCUGAAAAUUUUGAAAACGAUAAUAUCCAUGUCCAAUAUGAAAUUAAACUUCCAUAUAACAUUAAGUUGGUUGAAGGUGUACUUAAUGGAUCUACACAUUCUAGUUUUAUGAAUCAAAGUAUUUGGCAUUUUGGAUAUUGUGCCUCUAUCGUGAUUGAUAUUGAAGAUGAAGUUUCUCUGUUGUCAAUGGAAUCUGAAAAGCUUGCCCUAAUAUUUAAUGUUGUAUCAAUAGAUUCUCUAUGGCAUCGUGAAAAACAUGAAGGAAUUGCUUCUCUAAAUAUUCCCUUACAAUUUCAACUUAGAAAUACAGAAUUUGAUUUAGAAUGCUUUCGAUACUUGCAUAAUGAAAGUUUACUUACUGAUUUACUUGAAAGAUUCUUUUUGGGUGGUAUUAGAAGUAUUAAUCAUAAUCCAACUAAAGCUCAUAAUCGUUAUGGAAAUUCUACAGUUUCGACAGGAAAAUUGAAAAUAAAAAUUCAACAAAUUAGACAAACUCAAAAUUUAAACUUCAUAAAUACACGAUUACAGUCAGUCGAUAAAAUAAUCGAAUCUUAUCACAAAGCAAAAGCUAGAUUAGAAUUAUAG